AUGGACAAGCAACAGCGUGCUUCAGUGCGUUCCUCGAUGAAGUACGGAUCGGUGGGGUCGAGACCAGGAGUCCACGAGCAUAGGACAGACAACGAACCUCGUGUCUACUCCGAACUGCCAUCCUUCCCUCAUUUUGACCAACCGAUCCCACCUGAAGCGUCUCUGGAAGAGCUCUGCAGCAAGUAUCCGAACCACAUUCGCGGGUCUUACCUUGACGCCUUCAUCCAGUGGCAUUGGUCGGCCACUGACAUAUACUCCUGCUUGACGUACAAGGCCAUCGAGGAGUUCAAGUCGUUCGGCAUCACGAAAUCCAAGGCCUGGGCAAAUCGAGCCAAUUUCUUGACGAAGAGACUCGACGCCCGCCUGUCGAGCCUUUCUGCUGAAGAAGUCACCGCCUUGUGCACUGCACCAAAGAUCCGACCGUGCAUGAUGGACGGCACUGAGAAAUACGGCGCGUCGAAACUCCAGGGCAAGUUUCCCAAUCCCACUGCUCCAGCGAUUCGGAAAUACCCUCACCGUCAAGCCAGAGACGACAGAUCCCCUCGACAACUGGCAUUGACAAGAACAUUCAAGCACAACGGGAGAGAGCACCAGCUUUGGGAUUCGGCCGAAGACCUGCAUCGGUACAAAGAAUGCAUGGUGGGUUACUGGAGCCAGUCGCGAGUGCGUGCUGGUCAGAUCAUCGAUGCCGACACCGUGUAUAGUGCUAGCCAAGGUCUCCAACGCAAGCGACUCAUUCUGCGCAUGACAAACUGGCCAUGCAACUCUGCGAGCGAGAGCUUCUUCAGCUUCCGGAAUAUUCGCAAUUGCCCAGCCUUUGAAAGUGCAAUCUUUGACCUGGUUGCGGCGCCCGUCAUAAGUAUGCUGGAUUCUCCGAAUGUGCAGGUCUCAUCUCAGCCACUACGUACGGCUCGAGAGUCGGCAGUGUCUUAUGUUCUGAUGGUCCAGAUCGCCAGAUUGGCCAGAUUGAAUGACUUCGCGGCAGCGAUACCGGCCGGAGCAUUGACGGCUGGGCUGGUGGAUGAAGUACUGUCAUGGACCGCAGACCUUGACAGCGAUGCCUCCAAGGCGGUGCAACCGGGCUUUGGCUCUGCACAUCCGCAGUCAGAAGACGUCGCUGUCUCCCAUCAAAGUAGCCUGGAGCCAGAGAGAACGCCAAAUGCUAGCGACUCAGGUGCACUGUCCUCACACGGCUCGAAGCGAAAAAGACCAAACUCUCCAACCGCAGCGAGACCUGCCAAGCGAGUGAGAUUUGCCGAAUCCACCACCGAAUUGGAAUCUACGGAUUUGGCCACAGAUGCAAACGGGAACCUCGACGAAAACUCGACUUCAGCCAUUAAAGGAGAAGACGUCGCGUUGUCUCCCAAUCUGCCGAUGCAAGAUAUGCUUGAAGGCUUCGAUUUGGAUCCUCUACCAUGGGAGCCUAUCCCUGGUGGGUUAGAUCUCGCGUUGGAUUUGACGGCCGCUGACUUGCCAGCUGCGUAUGAAGAGACUGAAUCCGAGUGGGCGGUGAUAUUGUCAGAAGCUUUUGACCGGGAUAGUGCCGACGGAAACUCGGAUGAGAACGAGGUAACGACGUCUUCGGGGUUGCCGGAGCUGGCUGACAACGACGAAGAGUGGUUGCGGGAGGCCAUAGAGAAUGCGGCAGAGUUUCACGGUGACGCACUCCCUUGA